AUCUUUACAUCUUUAAUAUCGAAAUUAUGAAGGAUUCACGGUCAUAAAUUACGGCGCUUGUGGGCGGCGCGUGACAUCGUUCUGAAACCGCGGACCGAAACAUUUUUCGGGGCAAUGUGGCAAGGAAAAUCGGCAACAAUUUCUUUUCUUUGAGGUGGCCUUCGGUAUUGGCGGGUUGAAAAUCAAAUUGUGUGCAUUUUAUUGUCAUUACCUCUUUAAUUAUCACCACGUGAUAAUGACGAUUUUGAAUCUGUGCAUUUUCUCAUUUUUAUUAGACUGUCUAUUUUUGACCUUUACCUACCAUGCAUCAAGGCAAUAAAGAGCAUUACAGGUCUCGUCCCUGUAUGUGCAAUGGAAACCGGGCCAAAAGAAUUCCUCGAGUAUGCAAAAAAAAAACUAAAAAAGCUCGGGAUCACUAAGAUCUAUGACGUCCCUCCCAUUUUUGGCAAUCGCUCAGAUAAGAAACCGUUGCAGUGGCUUGACCUCCUUCAUGGAUGCAUGAAGAAGGGUGACGAAGGAAUGUCUGCUGACCUAAUACAGCUUUAUUCGUUACCCAGCUUUGAGCGGUUAUGGAACCAAGGGAGAAAGGGUGUCACAGAAGCACAGACGAUACACGGAGAAGAAAUCAAAGAAGGAGAAGAAGCAAAGAAGUUACUCCAAGGAAGAAUUACAGACUUAGAGCAGGAACUCAACGAGUCCCGUGCAAGUCGCAAAAGCAUAGUCAGUGAAAAUGGAAGACUACAAGAUACCAUGAAGGUUGAACAAGAAAGGCGUGAACAUAGUGAAAGGGCAAUGAUGGAAAACGAGAAAAAAGCAAAACAGAUAAUGGAGACGUACAAGCAGAGGGAGAUGGAAUUUGAAAAGAAAGUACAAUCAAAGGAUCUGCGUAUUGAAACAAUGGCUGAAAAAUUACAGGGGACAGAAGAGAAGGCAAGACGUCAGGUUGAGCGACUAGAGACCGACAACGAAGAAAUGAUGACGAAAUUAGUGUCUAAGCUACUACAGGAAGACACUUUGACACAAACGCUAGAGGAGAAAGAGCGGAACGUAACAACUCUAAGACAGCAAGUUGAAGAAUUAAAGAAAGGAAGAGAGGGAGACAGAGCAGGAGCUGAGAAAGAGAAGCGCUCACUGGCAGCAGAAAUGACGAAUAUUGUACAGGAGAAAGAGCGGAACGAGACGACUCUAAGACAGCAAGUUGAAGAAUUCAAAAAAGGAAGAGAGGGAGACAGAGCGCGAUUUGAAAAAGAAAAACGGUCAAUAGAAUUAAGCUGGAAGAAGGAGCAUGACUAUAAGGAAGGGCAUUUGGAGCAACUUAAGCGUGAGACCUGGAAGCUGAGAACCAAAAUUCAACUAGAAAGUGAGAUACGAUCAGCAGAGCAGAAGAAGAAAGCAGAGACACAUCAAUGGAGUUUCAUUCCCUGGGUGUCUUCUGGAAAACAAGCUCAGAGUGGCACAUCAUCAUUUGAGGCUAAUUCAACCGGAGGACUGGGGAGUGAUACAGUACAAGCAGGAGAGGAGCCCCCAGACGAUGAGUUUGCAGACAUCUUAAUGAAGAUAGCUGACGAUCUUUACGAUGAAGCCAAGAUCGACAGCCUUGCUGGUCAGCUGGGAAUCCUACAUGGUGAUAUACAGAGAGCACUCAUGACCAAUAUGAGGUUCGGCCGUGUUACCAGUGAUGGAACUCGCCGUAUGCUGAAACAAUGGAGAAGAGGUGUGUCGAGGGAAGAUGAACGGAUUGAGCUAACGAAGGCACUGCAAGCUGCCAAGUUGGUCAACCUUGCAGACCUUUAUCUCAGCGGAGGUGUAGUAGAAGAACAGAUCGAUGCUGAAUAUGCCAACAAAGAAGUCAAUAAUCAGCAGCUCUCUACUAGAGAUGAGGCCUCUCUAGAAGAGGACCAGACCAAAGGACAGACCGACACCCAGGUACUUCAGGAAGCUACAGCAAGCAAUGACCACACUCCUCGAGAUGGGCAUACAGGAGACAUGGCUUCCAAAACCCAGGAUGACUUGACGGAUAGAAGUAGUAGUCGACAUCCUGACAAAUCGCCGGUGCGCAGUACACAGAACGUGGAUGCAUCUGAAGUGACUUCUGAAGACGUGUCCUCUGAAGAAGUUCAUGCUGGUGAUGAUAUGACCGAUGUAAGUAGCAUUCAACCUGCUGAGCAAUCGUCCAUACAUGAAAUGCAAGACGUACCUGAAGAUAUGUCUGAGAUAGCCCCUCUGGUAUCUUAUGGUGGAAAACCCGACGAGGAAUCCACCAUCUUGGAAGAAGAAGAUCUGAUUUCUCAACUCGUUCUUAUUGAUCCAUUCCCGGAGAAAAUAAUGCUCCUUUUCCUCCUAAAGAUAAUAAUGGAUGUUCCCCAGAGAGCAUUCAGCUUAUAAGGAAUCACUAGAGAACCUUCAUCAAGCCAAGUUUACGAACAAAAAUCUAAGCUUGCGACGUUUCAGGUUCACUCCUGGAUGCUUCUUCGGGCCGACCGGUCUCUGAUGCCAUAUGAUUCUUGACCCGUGAACAUGGUGCUCCGGUCGACGAACGUCAGGAAAGAACUGCCCUUCUCUGAUAACCUUUCAAAGACCCGUAGGUAUAGUGGGCCUGAUGAAGCGUCCCGCGGUGGACGUAUGGCGUCGUAAACUGGAAAACAAUCCAGUUUAUUUGUUUAUAACAUUUGAUGUUACAUGUAUUUCUAAGCAUACUUUGUUCAUGUUAUAUU